GAACAAUUGACAGUGAACUCUGUCAUCCUCUAAGGUUUCACCUAUUGGGAAUUUUAAUGAACAGUGCAGCCAUGAUAAUCUGGGAUUUGCAUUAAAACUGUUUGUCUGAUUUUCAAAAGCAAUUAAAUUACUUAUCCGAUGUCAGGUAAAAGCUCUUAUAUUGAUUUUAAUUUCAGGCACCCUAAGUCUUAAAUGAAACUCACUCGGAAUCAGUCACUCAUAGUCUGAGGUCAGGAAGAUGUAAACUGAUAGAAUAUUUGAAUAAAUUUUAUGACACCUCAGAUAACCUAGCUGUCCAAGAAGCUGGAUUGUAAUUUGAAACAAUCACUAGCAAUAAGAGCUGUUGCAUCCGAUGAUGUUUUCAGCAGACUAAUUUCCCUUCCUUGAGAGGAUAGAUGAUUUCACUAUAAAACACAAACUGGUUGAUAGUUUAAAGCCAAGAUGAUUUAAAAAAUCUGAAAAUGAGAUCAUUAAGAUUACUGUUGCAAUUGGUGCUGUGUUUGGUGUAGUUUUGUACCGAAUGUCUGUCUUGACGUCAUUGUCAUUGUAUCCUGACUCUGAUACCACAAGCUAUAUGAUCAUGUUUAUUCCAAUCACAGCUGCAUCCAUCAACUUGGUGUGCAUUAUGUGUUUGAAUUAUUUCUAUGAUUGGUUAGCUGUACGUCUGACUGAAUUAGAACUGCUAAGAACUCAAACAGAAUUUGAUGAUAGCUUGACAUUGAAGAUUUAUUUAUUUCAGUUUGUGAACUACUAUACUUCAAUAUUUUACAUUGCUUUUUUAAAGGGAAAGUUUGUAGGUUAUCCAUCUAAAUACAAUAGAAUAUUCAAGUUCCGACAAGAAGAG